GUACGGGUGCGGUGCACCUGCCGGGCGGCUCGGCGCAGCGGGGCCCGGCGGGGCUCGGCGGAGCCAUGCCGGCCGCCACCACACCCGGGCUGGACGCGCUGCGCUCCUCUGCGCUAGGGAGGGACAGCGGCGGUCCCCGCGGAUACACAGUUGACUGUGAACAGCACUUCAGUGGAUGGCUUCACUGUUGGCGGCGGCGCUGCAGUGUCUGUGUUUGGUCUGCAGGGCAGUGCAGCCGCCUCCUCUCGCCCCAGCUCGGCUCGCUGCAGGUCCUGCACGGCAACGGCACCGGUGUGGGAACAGUGGUCGCGUUCCGGUGCUCCGCUGAGCACCGGCUGCAGGGACCGGCCGUCGUCACCUGCGUUUGGAAAGGGAACAGCACGCAGUGGACAGCCGCAGUGCCCUCCUGCGCACCCGUAUCAAAGUAUGAGACUUUUGGCUUUAAGGUCGCAGUGAUUGCCUCCAUUGUGAGCUGUGCUGUCAUUUUGCUGAUGUCCAUGGCUUUCUUAACUUGCUGUCUGAUCAAGUGUGCAAAGAAAAGUGAGAGGAGGAGAACUCAAAGAGAAAUGCAUCUGUGGUGCCAGCUGAGGACUGAAGAAUUAGAGCACAUGCAAGCUGCUUACUUUGGUUUUAAGGGAAGAAACAAUAACAACAAUAAGAAACUCAGGAAUACAUCUGUAUUUGGUGAUGUGACUAACAUGGCAUAUGAUAACCAAGGCUUCUACAGAGAAGCGGCUCCUUCGGCAGGACUCCCAGAGAAGCGGCUCCUUCGGCAGGACUCCCAGAGAAGCGGCUCCUUCGGCAUAGACUUCCUCCGGAACGGAUAUUACAAAGACCCAAAGGGACUCAGGUGGGCUUUUGGAAUAGACGCUGUAGAGGCAGAAGACAUUAAGCAAUUGCACACCUUGCCUGGACUGUCAGAAAUCCCCUCUGCAGUAGGACUCCAAGGGUGGAAGAGCAACGCGUGCCAAUUGCGACCUCGACAGUGCACCGCCGGCAGUAUCGGACGGAUCGAGAUGCCGUGA